AUGGAACCUUGGCAAGACAUUAGCAAACUGGAGGAAUAUAGACAAAAGUUGGGGAUACAUUCUGCUUAUGCAAAUAUGAAUGGGAAAAUCUGGGCUUUUGUAGAUGAAGAUAUUGAUGUACAUAUUGUGAUGAACAUGGAACAAAAAAUGACUUUAAAGUUUUUUCAUAGGAAUUUGAACAAGGAGAUUUACGUGACUCUUGUAUAUGCUAAAUGUGAUGCUAUUGAAAGAAUUGAGCUAUGCGAUUCAAUGUACCAUUUAGCUUCAGAUAUGGAAUCCCCUUGGCUUGUUGGAGGGGAUUUUAAUGUGAUAUUAUCUGAGGAGGAGAAGUAUGGGGGGCGUCCAUUGUAUUUGAGUGAAGUGGAAGACUUUGCACACUGUGUUGAUACAUGUGCAUCGUAUGAUCUUGGCUUCAAAGGGAGUUUGUAUACUUGGUGGAAUGGAAGGUUGGAUAUAAAUUGCAUCUUCAAAAGGCUUGAUAGGUUCUCUGCUAAUCAAAAAUUCCUUGAUUUAUUCCCAUCCUUAGAAGUUGAGCAUUGUACGCAGCUAAAAUCAGAGAGCCCGACUAUACGACCGUUGUAUCUUACCGAAGGACCGAGGCACAACUCAAGGUUCGUCCUAGAGGAUCCUUUAUGA